AGUGGCCGUAAAGGUGUUCGCUCGGUACGACGCGAGUCCCAGCUCAGCGCCUAUCCUGGGUCCACCGGCGCUACCGCCCCCCGACGUGAGAGAGCGAAGUUCUCGGGCCGCGCUCCCUCCCUGCCUGGGUGCCCUCCCUCUCCGGGAGCUUGGGUCCCCGGGGCGGUCGCGGCGGCUGCAUCCUCAGGCCAGGCCGCGGGGGGAGGGGGCGGCACGGGCCUCCGAAAGCGGGGCCAUGGAGCCCAGAGAGUCGGGGAAGGCUCCUGUGACGUUUGAUGACAUCACUGUGUACUUACUCCAGGAGGAAUGGGUGCUGCUGAGCCAGCAACAGAAGGAGCUCUGUGGUUCCGACAAGCUGGUGGCACCACUGGGACCAACUGUUGCCAACCCUGAGCUGUUUUGUAAGUUCGGACGAGGGCCAGAGCCAUGGCUUGGCAGUGUCCAGGGCCAGAGGAGCCACCUGGAGCAUCACUCAGGAAAAAAACAGAUGGGCUACAUGGAAGAAAUGGGCGUGCGAGGUCCCACCAGGGAGAGUGGACAGUCCCUGCCGCCUAAGAAGAAAGCCUGCCUUUCCCACCUCAGUACGGGCAGUGGACACAUCGAGGGAGACUGGGCAGGAAGAAACAGGAAACUCCUGAAGCCUCGGUCCAUCCAGAAGUCAUGGUUUGUGCAGUUUCCGUGGCUGAUCAUGAAUGAGGAGCAGACGGCUCUGUUCUGCUCUGCUUGCCGAGAAUACCCCUCCAUCAGGGACAAACGGUCAAGACUAAUAGAAGGUUAUACAGGACCAUUCAAGGUGGAGACUCUCAAAUACCACGCCAAGAGCAAGGCCCACAUGUUCUGUGUCGAUGCCUUGGCGGCAAGGGACCCUGUCUGGGCAGCCCGGUUCCAGAGCAUCAGAGACCCAUCUGGAGAUGUCCUGGCCAGCCCGGAGCCGCUCUUCACUGCAGAUUACCCCAUAUUCUACCCCCCAGGGCCUCUGGGAGGCUUUGAUAGCAUGGCUGAGCUCCUGCCAAGCUCAAGAGCUGAACUAGAGGACCCUGGGGGGAAUGGAGCAAUUCCUGCUAUGUAUCUAGACUGCAUUUCAGAUCUGAGGCAAAAAGAAGUCACCGAUGACAUCCACAGCUCCUCAGACCUUGAUAUUUUAUGUAAUGGUGCCGUAGAAUCCUGCACUCAGGACCCUUCUGCAGAGGGGUUGUCGGAGGAGGUUCCUGUGGUAUUUGAGGAGCUGCCGGUGGUGUUCGAGGAUGUGGCAGUGUAUUUCACCCGGGAGGAGUGGGGCAUGCUAGACAAGCGGCAGAAGGAGUUGUACAGAGACGUGAUGCGGAUGAACUACGAGCUGCUGGCAUCCUUAGGACCUGCUGCUGCCAAGCCAGACUUGAUCUCCAAACUGGAGCGGAGGGCUGCACCCUGGAUCAAGGACCCAAAUGGGCCAAAGUGGGGGAAAGGUCGUCCUCCAGGGAACAAGAAGAUGGUGGCAGUGAGAGAGGCAGACACACAGGCCCUGGCUGCAGACUCUGCAUUGCUUCCAGCCUCUCCCGUGGAGGCCUGUGCCUCCUGCUGCAGUCCCAGCAUUUGUGAAGGAGAAGGAGAUGGACCUAGGAGAAUCAAGAGGACAUAUAGGCCCCGUUCCAUUCAGAGGUCAUGGUUUGGGCAGUUCCCAUGGUUAGUCAUUGACCCCAAAGAGACCAAACUCUUCUGCUCAGCCUGCAAAGAAAGACCUAAUCUCCACGACAAAUCAUCACGGUUAGUCAGAGGUUACACGGGGCCUUUCAAAGUGGAGACUUUAAAAUACCAUGAAGUCAGCAAAGCCCACAGGCUCUGUGUCAACACGGUUGAAAUCAAGCAAGACGCCCCUCACGCUGCCCUCAUUCCAGAGAUCUCCAGCGACCUCAUGGCCAACAUGGAGCACUUUUUCAACGCCGCCUACUCCAUCGCAUACCACUCACGGCCCCUGAAUGACUUUGAGAAGAUCCUGCAGCUCCUCCAAAGCACCGGGACCAUGAUAUUAGGCAAGUACCGCAAUCGCACAGCGUGCACUCAGUUCAUCAAGUACAUCUCGGAGACCCUGAAGAGGGAGAUCCUGGAGGACGUGCGGAACUCGCCCUGCGUGAGCGUGCUGCUGGACAGCUCCACCGACGCCUCCGAGCAGGCCUGCGUGGGGAUUUACAUCCGCUACUUUAAGCAGAUGGAGGUGAAAGAGUCCUACAUCACUCUGGCCCCUCUCUACAGUGAGACAGCAGAUGGGUACUUCGAGACCAUCGUUUCUGCCCUGGAUGAGCUGGACAUCCCCUUCCGGAAGCCUGGCUGGGUGGUGGGGCUGGGAACGGAUGGCUCAGCCAUGUUGAGCUGCAGAGGAGGCCUUGUGGAAAAAUUCCAGGAGGUCAUCCCGCAGCUGCUGCCUGUCCACUGUGUGGCCCACCGGCUGCACCUGGCUGUGGUGGAUGCCUGCGGGAGCAUCGAUCUGGUGAAGAAGUGUGACCGGCACAUCCGCACCGUCUUCAAGUUUUAUCAGUCGUCAAACAAGAGGCUGAACGAGCUGCAGGAAGGUGCAGCGUCUCUGGAGCAGGAGAUCAUCCGCCUGAAGGAUCUGAACGCAGUCCGCUGGGUGGCCAGCAGGAGGCGCACGCUGCACGCGCUGCUCGCGAGCUGGCCCGCCCUGGCCAGGCACCUCCAGAGUGUGGCGGAGGCUGGGGGCCAGAUUGGGCACCGGGCCAAGGGGAUGCUGAAGCUCAUGCGCGGCUUCCACUUUGUCAAGUUCUGCCACUUCCUGUUGGACUUCCUGAGCAUCUACAGGCCUCUGUCCGAGGUGUGCCAGAAGGAGAUCGUGCUGAUUACAGAGGUGAACGCCACGCUGGCCCGGGCCUAUGUGGCACUGGAGAGCCUCCGUCACCAGGCGGGGCCCAAAGAGGAAGAAUUCAACGCCAGCUUCAAGGAUGGGCGGCUCCACGGCAUCUGCUUGGACGGACUGGAGGGAGCGGAACAGCGGUUCCAGGCAGACAGGGAGAGGACGGUCCUGACCGGGAUCGAGUACCUCCAGCAGAGGUUCGACGCAGACCGACCCCCACAGCUCAAGAACAUGGAGGUGUUUGACACCAUGGCCUGGCCAAGCGGGAUCGAACUUGCCAGUUUUGGGAAUGAUGACAUUCUCACCCUGGCCAGGUAUUUCGAGUGCUCCCUCCCAACAGGAUACAGUGAGGAAGCUCUGCUGGAGGAGUGGCUGGGCCUGAAAGCCAUCGCCCAGCACCUUCCGUUCUCCAUGCUCUGCAAAAACGCCCUGGCCCAGCACUGCCGCUUCCCCCUGCUGAGCAAGCUCAUGGCCGUGGUGGUCUGUGUGCCCAUCUCCACCUCCUGCUGUGAGCGGGGGUUCAAGGCCAUGAACCGGAUCAGGACCGAUGAGAGGACCAAGCUCUCCAAUGAGGUGCUCAACAUGCUCAUGAUGACGGCUGUGAACGGCGUGGCCGUCACGGAGUACGACCCUCAGCCUGCCAUCCAGCACUGGUUCCUGACCUCCUCAGGCCGGCGUUUCAGCCAUGUCUACGCCUGUGCCCAGGUGCCAGCCCGCUCCCCUGCAAGCGCCAGGCUCAGGAAGGAGGAGGUGGGAACCCUCUAUGUGGAGGAGUCUGGGAGCCAGAAGCCACCCAUCCUGCCCUCCAGGGAAGCAGUGGAGGUUCUGAAGGACUGCAUCGUGGAGCCUCCUGAGAGACUCCUGUACCCCCACACCAGCCAGGAGGCCCCCGGGAUGUCCUGAGGGACAGGGAGUCCUUGGGACUGCCUUGGAGACACCUCUGUGAUCACUGGGACAGGGUCUGCAGAUUCUAGGCUGCCCUAGGAUCUUCUGCUGGUGGCGAUGGUCUCUAAGCACCAGGAAGUGGGCAGUGGCGUCCUGGAGCAGCAGGGGUAUUAGGAGGUGCAUGACCUGUUUCCUGAGGCCCCAUUCAGCACAGCCAUGCCUCACAGCACACAAAUGUGCCAGAAGGUUCUAGAUCUCAAGUUCAUUUUUAAGGUGCUCCAGAAAAUAACCCCAUCAUGAAAGGUUUCAGCCCCUGAGUUCUGGUGGCAAGAGGACUGUCCUGGUGGGGGAGACUGUUGGACAUCCCUGUGGAAUGUUCCAGGGAGGCUGCCCACAGCCUAGUGACAAUGGGAAAGGCCUCUUUGUUAGAGGGGGAGGCUGACUCUGCUCUAGGGACAGCUGGCCUGGCUGCAGGAGCCCCCAGAGGCAUUGUUCUGGGACUUCCUACGCUGGGAGCCAGGGUAGCAGCAGAAACAGUGAGGCCUCGAUCUCGUGCGGAUCUGUACCUCUUCCCAGGGCUUCCUUCAGGGCGAAACAAUCACAAGCCCUUUGCACAGAGCACCCAAGAAAGUUCUCUUCCUGCAGCUCCAGAUGGUAGAGCUGGGGCUCUUCUGGCAGGGGGUCUGGUGCUUCCCGCAGAGCCGAGCCGCGUUUGACCUGUGGCACGCCCUGCCCAGUUUCCUCAGGAGAGGAUGGGACCAAGUUGGAGUUGGGAGGCUUGGGAUGCAGCCCCAGCUCUGCUGCAGGCAGUGGUCUGAUUAAUCCCUUCCUCUUUUCUGUGCCUCAGUUUCCCUCUCCAUGAAGUGGCAGCAGAGAAUCCAAGUGCCUGCUGACUCCCCACCUGCCCUAGGAUUAGUGAAUGAGAGCCUCGGGCUCCCUGAAAGACCUCUGACUGCAGUGUGGACUCACCUGCCUUCCACCCCAGCCUCGUCCUUAGUGGGACAGGUAGGAAUUUGUCUCCAAAGUCCUUGUGGUAGGAGUUGGUCUCUGAACGCACCAUCUGCAUGACAGGCUAGUCCUCUCUUCUCCGAGUUGCCCUGGGGACUCUGCACCAGGAUCGCCAGGGCCCACUGAGACAUCCCGGAAUGGGGACUCAGUGACGAGGGCUUUGAACAAGCUCUUCCAGGGUCUGUGGGCCUGCUCCAGCUUCAGAACCACAGAAGCACCGCCCUAGAGGCACAAAGGGACUUCCGGCACUGCUAGGUUCACACCCUCCUUGCCCAUCUUCCACCUAAAGCGAAGCACUUUUCCUUCCGGGGCAGCUCCAUCUCGGCAGGCUCAGGAGGCCGCUUAUCAGGAGGCGGAUGAUUUUGUCUCGGUUCCGCCUUCCUUAACCAUGGGCAGGAAAUAAGGAAAGUCAGCAGGCAAGGUUUCUCUCCCUGCCUGACACUUGUUUUAAACAGGCAGGAAGUGGGUGCCAUCCAUCCCAGCUUGCUUGCUGCCUGGCUCAGGCAGGUCCUGUGCUGUGCCACAGGCCCCUGUGGGUGGACCCUUUCUCCAUAGUCUGCUGCUUCCCAUUCCCAGGGUAGGUGCUGGCCUCUGAGCACCUGAGCACCCUUCCUAUUCCCAGGGCAGAAGCUGCUGUCUGAGUACCCUUCCCAUUCCCAGGGUAGAUGCUGGCGUCCAAGCCCCUCCCCAGUACUGCAGGUGCCCUAGUACCCCAUAUGCCCUUUCAUCCCCCACCCCAGCACUUAGCCUUAGCACUGUUGCUUUCCUGCCGUUUUCAGUUCUAGUCAGGAAUUCCUUUCUUGCUUUCUGCCUCUGACCUGUGGAAAUGUCUCCCAGCCCUGUGGGUCUGGUGGUCAGAGGGACCCCUCAGGCCUGCGGUGCGGGAGCUCUGGGAGGUGCUACUAUCCACGUGGCUGAGACAUGCACAGGCCUCCCUCUCUCCAUCGCUGUCUCCACGGGCGUUCAGGAACUUGCAGGUCAGGCACUGUGGAUGUGAACUGGUGGAAGGGGAGGGAGAAAGGCUUUUUUAGGUGGGGCUGUAGCCUCUGCCCUACCCACAGGGAUUCCACAUCAAGGUGCUGUUCCAGCACACACGCUUCCCGCGGCCUCUUCAUCCUUGAAGAAUCCGUCAGAGCAGGGGACCAUCCCGUGAGCAGCCGUGAGUGGGUCUCUGUGGGAGCAGUUCUGGAGCUGAGGUGGAAGCCAGGGGAAGUACCUCACCCUCUCCACGUCAGCAUCAGCAUGCUCCGAGGACACCGUCCAGUGCCUUCCUUAGGUGGUGGGAAAAGGGGUCCCCUUGCAGCGGGGCCACUGAGCAUGCUGUUUGUCAGAAUUUGCACUACCCGAUUUCUCGAGGGGCGCAGGCCUGCUCCGUUCCCCUUUGUCAGCCAAUGACCAAGAAGGAAGAAGACGACUGCCGUCUCAUUCCUGAACUUCCUCAUUCAGGACUCCCGUGGAAACACAGCGAGCGUCCUUAUCCGAGGCCCCGGCCCAGGCCGGCCCCUUUGCUUAGUUUGGAGAGGCUGGCUGAGUGCGGCCCCUAGUGCCUGGAGACCCCCUUGCUGGAGAGGCUUCCUGUUUAUGCCUCACAAGAAAAACCACAGGGCUCUGGGAGUGUAAGGAGCAUGCACUCCCGCUUUGGCUGGAGUCCCAGCGCUUGUUGCCACCUUCCUCCUUGCCUGUAGUCUUGACAGCAUCCGUAUGUAUGUGUCCUGGCAUUUCCCCUCCCUCUCCCUGAUGACGGAUGCCCACCGGGUCUGACAUUCCAAGUAACCGGUAUGUAACUGGUAGUUUGAUCCCAGUAGCCAUAGCGACUCCAGGUGGGAGAGAGGGAGCCAGCCCCCUGUCCUGGAAGAUACCUUAGAGUAUGUGACCACGCUCCAGAACCUUGCUUCUCUCUCCUGCAGAGGGUGGGUUUCUAGGGUGCUAAGUACCUAUCAGAACAGCGUGGAGGGGCAGGUACACUAACUGACUGGCCCAGGGACGUUCUCUCCUCUAUUUUCAAAGAUGAAAGGAGGUUUUAAAAACCAUGUUUGAUUCCUAACCUUUUGCUACCUGAAUAAAGCAGAGUCUAUUUCAACACA